CUCUAUUUGCGUAGGAGGUCGGCCGACGUUCAUUUCAUAUUCCAGCACUGUAUUUUGGUCCAAAUGGGACGCUCAGUCACCGCCCUGAUCUGUCCCUGCGUGCCCAACCUCUUCCUAGCCAUUUUAAUAGGUAAAAUGUUUCUAGGAGCAGCGGAGACGAUACGGACUGGGAAAAAGAAGCACGAAGUGAAUGACUACUAGUAAGAUAACUCAACUACACCGCCCAUUUGGCGGACAUUUAGCACGGUGGGCACGUAUUACGGCGUUUAAAUGUAGAACCUUUAGGUAACCGAGGUAGGCAGCCACCGUUUUCACUUCGAGAGGGUGACUUUUCAUUGGCACAGAUGGAAAGUGCACAGGCUGCUGAGGAUGGCGCGUUAGAUGGAGGUGCGGGCAAGUUAAUGAAGAAGCCCAGUGGACUGUCUGUCGCCCGGGGGACUCCAGCGGACGACGGCGUUGGACAUUUAGCACCCUCUCACGUAGAUGCCAAGAACACGGGUAGUCUUCCGCACAACACUUCUACCGCGGGCUCUAGUGCGUCAAACCGGACUGUGGCGUCGAAUGGCCGGGGCGCAUCCAGCAACUCCAGCUCCCUCCUGUUGAGACGGAGGCGCCUAAAGAGGAACCUCUCAGCUGUCACCGCCACCAAGAUGAGCUCGGCCCUGUCCUCCGCAUCUCUGCACACUCGCAGUCUGGACAGAAAGAGUCUGCUCAAACACCGGCAAAACAUGCAGCUCCAACCCAUGGAUCGCGAGUGGGUGCGUGCGGAUCUUCAUAGAGGCGCUAUACACGUCCAUGACAGACUUACACCAUCAUAUCCCAGGCCGGUCCUUUGCACUAUGGACACUACUGCCGGCGAGGUGGCGCUUCGUUUGAGUAAACUCUGCAGUAAGUCCACUUCAGUCAUGCGCAUUUUUUGUAAAGAUAAUCCCAAAACUGACCAAAAUGGUAACUGCAGCGUGAAAAGUGAAUAUGACGAGAAUCAAUGUAAACUGAGUGAUGAGUCAAGUUUAAAGUGCAAUCCCCUUCCCCCUCUUGAAUCUGCUGAACUAAGGGGGCACCCGAGUGACAGGUUGAGACUGCUGCUAAUGGAGAAUGCAAAUGAGCGGCAAAAGCAACAGGACGUAGACGAGAAACUUUUCAGCCCAGAGUCAGAAUCACAGGACAAUAUUACGUGCUCUUUGUCAGAUCUAAAUUCUAACAUAGAUACUCCAAAUGACGAGGACUCGGAGCACAGGAACGGAGCUGACAGUUAUGGGCUGAACUCUGGCUCAGAUGUGGAGAGCAGUGCAUUUGACGAUCUGAGCUCGGGAGCACAUCUCAGCGAGCACAGAGACUCCCUCAGUGAUGACAUGAUCCUGGGCACAGAGGCGUCCAUACUCAGCCCGUCCUCUGAUCUGUAUGGCAGCUCCUCAGAUGAGCUGGAGCUGGAAUGCCCUGCAACAAGCACAAGCAUGGAGUCCAGUUCCCAACACCACUCCAAUGGUGUUUCUGCCAACUACAAGCAGUGCAACAUAGAGCAUUUAAAUGACAUGACUAACAAUAUGGGAGCAGAUAGCAGACACAGCCCACAUAGUCUGGGCAGUCUGCCACCCAGCAGCAGUGCAGGCUCCCUGUCAACAGCCUGUUCCACAGGUACUACACCUGACAUCCAAGAGCUUGACUGCACUCAAGGGGCUGGAAAAUGUGAGCUGACAGCAGACCAAAGUGGAGAUCCCAGUGAUUCCAGCCCUACACUAUAUGUCCAGCUGCAUGGAGAAGCUGUCAGGAGGCUGAGACCAGAGGAGAGGCCUCUGCAGAUCCAGAAUGACUUCCUGUUUAAGCUUGGAUUUAAGGAUCCCUGGAGAGUACAAGAAGAAGGGCUAAACACAGAAAUUGGCUCUUUGUUGCGUUUCUAUGCAGGUAAACCGCAGACGGUGGAGAGCUCGGAGCGCGUCCAACUGUCUGGCACAUACAACGUGCGCAAAGGGAAGCUCCAGCUGCCCGUGAACCGCUGGACCAGGCGACAGGUCAUCUUAUGUGGCACCUGUCUCAUAGUCUCCUCUGUGAAGGAGAGCCAGGCGGGCAAGAUGCACGUCCUGCCACUCAUUGGAGGGAAGGUGGAGGAAGUGAAGAAGCACAGCCACUGCUUAGCCUUCAGCUCGGCCGGUCCCCAGAGUCAGACCUACUACGUUAGCUUCGACAGCUUCACGGAGCACCUGCGCUGGCACCGCCAUGCAGCCAAGAUGGUGUCCCAGAGGAUCAACUCGGUGGAUCUGUCCUGCUGCAGCCUGGAGCAGCUCCCUCCCAAUCUGUUCUACAGCCACGACCUGACGCACCUCAACCUCAAACACAACUUCCUGCCCUCAGACCAGAGGCUUCAACAGUUACAGAGAUUUUCCAGAUUGCGGAGCCUGAACUUAUCCAACAACCACCUUGCUCAGUUCCCCUUGGCCAUCUGUGACAUCCACACGCUCACUGAGGUCAACCUCAGCUGUAACUACCUGGCCUCAGUCCCCAGCUCUGUUGGGUCAAUGAGCAAUUUGCAGACGUUCCUGUUGGACGGCAACAGCCUGAGUGAUUUGCCCAAUGAGCUGGGAUCUCUACAGAGGCUCGGAUACUUGGGGCUCUCAUUCAACCAGUUCAGCCACAUACCCCAAGUACUGGAAAGACUGGCCUCUAUGGAAAAACUGUGCAUGGCUGGCAACAAUUUGGACACACUAACUCUGCAGAACUUUCGGCUUCUUCGAGUCAAGCACAUCGAUCUACGGCUGAAUAAGAUCACGGUGAUGGUGCCAGAUGAGCCCGACCUGCUGCGCCAUGUGACCCAGCUGGACGUGAGGGACAACAGGCUGACGGAGCUGGACGCCUCGGUGUUCCCUCGGCUGGAGGUGCUGCACUGUGAGAGGAACUGCAUACAGAGCCUCAAAGCCAAGGGCACGCUGCUCAAAGGGAUCUACGCUGCCAACAAUGAGCUGCGCCAACUGGAUGUCACGCCGGUCCCCUCCAAUCUCAGUUACAUGGACAUCUCGAGGAAUCGUAUGGAGUGUUUGCCGGAGUGGCUGUGCGAAGCCAAGAAGCUGGAAGUCCUGGACGUGAGCCACAACCUCAUCACGGAGCUGCCCGCGCGGUUGUUAUGCAGCAACAGUGUGAGGAAGCUGAGUGCAGGACAUAAUCAGCUGCAGAGGCUACCGGACAGAGUGGAGCGCCCUCUGCUGGAGGUUUUGGAUGUACAGCACAAUCAGCUGGUGGAGCUGCCCUGCAACCUGUUCCUCAAAUCGGAGAGCUUACGGUGUGUGAACGCAUCGGCCAACAAGCUGGAGCACCUGCCCCCCUCCACCCUGUCCGAGGAGAGCCACAGCAUCCUGCAGGAGUUUUACCUGACGAAUAACCGCCUCACAGACAAAUGUGUGCCCAUGCUGACCGGGCAUACCCACCUGCGAGUACUGCACAUGGCCUACAACCACCUCCAAACUUUCCCUGCAAGUAAAAUGGCCAAGUUGGAGGAGCUGGAGGAGGUGGACCUGAGUGGAAACAUGUUGAAGACUGUGCCCACGACCAUCCUGAACUGCAGACGUAUGCACACGCUUAUCGCCCACUCCAACGCCAUCGAGGUCUUCCCCGAGGUCAUGCAGCUCAUGGACAUGAAAUGUGUGGACCUCAGCUGUAAUGAGUUGAGCGAGAUCACUCUGCCGGAGAAUCUGCCGCCAAAACUACAAGAGCUGGACCUGACUGGGAACCCUCGCCUCAACCUGGACCACAAGACCUUAGAACAGCUCAAUAAUAUCCGUUGCUUCCGCAUUGAUCCGCCCCCGACCUUUUCUUCGAAUGAGGCGUCUGGUGGGCCUGCUGUGUGGAGCCAUGGUUACACGGAGGCCUCAGGCGUCAAGAACAAGCUGUGUGUUGCUGCGCUGUCGGUGAAUAGCUUCUGUGGAAACCGCGAGGCUCUGUACGGCGUGUUUGAUGGAGACCGUAAUGUGGAAGUGCCAUACCUGCUCCAGUGCACCAUGAAUGACGUGCUGGCUGAGGAGCUGCAUAAGACCAAGAGUGAGGAGGACUACAUGACCAACACCUUCCUUGUCAUGCAGAGGAAAUUGGGUACAGCAGGACAGAAGCUGGGGGGGUCAGCUGCUCUGUGUCACAUCCGCCAUGACCCCACUGACCCCGGGGGCUGCUUCACGCUCACUGCCGCCAACGUAGGCAAGUGCCAGGCCAUACUGUGCCGUGACGGAAAGCCCAUGCCCCUGUCUGUGCUGCACAAUGUGGGGCUGGAGGAGGAGUACCGAAGGAUCAGACAGCACAGAGCCAUAAUCACAGAGGAAAACAAAGUGAAUGGUGUGACAGAUUCCACACGGAUCAUGGGCUACUCCUUCCUGUACCCGUCGGUGAUCCCCUGCCCGCAUGUGCAGACAGUCACCCUCACGUCCCAGGAUGAAUUCUUCAUUCUGGGCAGCAGGGGAUUGUGGGAUACAGUUUCUCACCAGGAGGCGGUGGAGGCCGUCCGGAACGUGCCCGAUGGCCUCGCCGCCGCCAAAAAGCUGUGCACACUGGCUCAGGGCUACGGGUGCACGGACAGUCUGAGCGCUGUGGUAGUGCAACUGAGUGUGAGCGAAGACUGCUGCUCCUGCUGCUGCUCAGACCCCCCACAGCCCCCUCCUAGCCCCGGGUUAGGCCCCUACCCCUCAGCCACCAACCCAAUGAAGGAGCGGCCAUCGGAUGGCUCCCUACCCGUCCCCCCCUCGUCCUGCAGCGAGAUCAGCAGUGAGAUCAGUACGAGUGAGAUGAGCAGUGAGGUGGGCUCCACAGCCUCAUCAGAUGAGCCCCCGCAGAGCUCCCUGGUGCUUCUCCACGACCAGCCCCAUCACCAGAACCUCCAGCUGCACCACCAGGCCCACCCUCUGUCCCUGCAGCACCAGCAGCCUCCCAGCUCCAUGCAGCCCUGUCAGUACUUGUACCCAGGCUCUGAGCUGCCAUCCUCGCGCAGUUGUUGUGCGAUGCAUCCCUCGUGCUUGACGGGGGCAUUCCAGAGGCAGCUCUCUAGCGCCACCUUCUCCAGCGCCCUGUCCGACAACGGGCUAGACAGCGAGGAUGAGGAACCCAUCGCUGGAGUGUUCUCAAAUGGAAGUCGUGUGGAAGUGGAGGCAGAUAUCCACUGUCUCAAACCAGAGUCGCCCCAGGCCUCACAGCCGCUAGCCCAAGAGCGCCCCCUUCUGCUCAGUCUGCCCCCUCCACCUCCACCGCCCCCUAGCACCCCUGAACCUCAGGAGGAAGCAGGGGACAUAGCAGAGGGCGACCAAGGCCUGGAGAGGGACGAAUCGUGGCAGGGGGAUCUGGGGAAAGUGCCAGUGAAAAGCAGGAGAGCGAACGGAUCAGUGGCGCGACAGGAGAAGAGCCACAACCUGAUAGAGGUGGCUGCGGACGCCCCCUCCAAGAAGUCCGGCGGGUACUUCACAGCACCAGCGCAGCCAGACCCCGAUGACCAGUUCAUCAUCCCGCCCGAGCUGGAGGAGGAGGUGAAGGAGAUCAUGAAGCAGCAUCAGCAGAAGCAGCAGAAGCCCAGCGGCACGGAGCAGCCCUCAGACUACUAUGACACCCCUCUCUGAGCAGUACUACAACACCCGAGUACUAUGAUACCCCCUUCUGAUCAGUCCUCUGAGUACUACUACACCCCUCUCUCCAAGUACUACAGCACCCCCUUCUAAGUACUACAACACCCCAAGUACUAUGACACCCCUCUAUGAAUAGCCCAUCGAGUACUAGGACCACUUGCUCUAAGCAGAAUCUGAGGCUGCCCUAUGCACAUACAAGACGCUCCAUCUGCAGCCGUCAGCUCUCACUGCAGAGCUACGCACUGUAACACGUGUUGUUAACCAAGACCUGCAGAGGUAGAACAAGCAAACCAGCCCUUUAAUGAUGCGUAACCCUUUUGAAAAGGACACAUCCACAGCUGGCCCCUCGUCAGACUGUGGAGCUUUGUUUUUACACUAGACAACCAGCUGAUAUAUAAUCAACACUAGUCUCUUUGCAAUAGCAUUAGCUCGCCACAACUCUGCUAAUACAGAUAACAGUUCCAUGGGUUGUUUGUUUGUUUUGUAAAACUUACCAUAUCUUUUAAUGUGAAACCAGUGACUUUGCUGAAAAACUUUUUAAAAACAGACAUAAUCUUUUUAUUAUCAGUGACUAUGAUGAAAGGUACACCAGUGAAACCACUCUUAACUAUUGUAGAUAGGGCACUUAAAUACUGUAUUUCUUCAGUAAAUCACAGCUCAUGGCCUGUAAAAUGGCAUAGAAUUUUUGUAGAAAUUGAAAUACUAACUCCUAGGAGUUGCAUACUCUUUAUUGUGACUCAGUCACUUUACUAAUCUUCUCUGAGAGAAAUGGUGAUUUUUCCAAUGACUGUAAAUAAGAGUAAUGUUGUAUACUGAUGCUUUUAAGGAACUGCGUACUUGUUUGUCGGUGAAGGUUGUAGUUGCAGGAGGAUGUGAGGUUGCUGUCACUAUCUCUCUAUAUUAGACCUACAAAUAUGAACACACAUCCAUGCACUCAGACUAAUGUAAAUGUGCAAUUGCAGUUGAAGCCCAGACAUUCCAUGUAAUUGAAUAACACAGAAAUUGUCCACAUUGUUUGAUUGUGAUGUCCCGUUGUCAUCACUGUAUUUAAAGACACUAUUAGACGGAUAUAUGCAUGCACAUACACACACACACACAGCAGCAGCAGACACACAAUAUAGUCCCACCUCCCUCCUACAGUAACUGUUACCACCGGCAUGACUGUCAACUUCAGUAAUAUAAAUACUAUAUCCACAAAAGAGAUACACAGAUGUUCCUGUAUUUGGUAUAAUAAAUUUUAAAUUUGUGAAUAUAAA